AUGGCGCUCCAUAUCCCCAACAGCAUCGCCUGGGCCGCUGCCGACAACCGCGCCUCCACCAUCCUCCUUGGUGCACUCCCCGACGCCCUCAUGCGCCGUUUCCAAGCCCGUGAAAUGCGAGCCUCCCUAAUCUGGGCUGAACUCCUGUCAAUGUUUGAGCGUCGCGACAUCAGCUCUGCCGGCGUUCUCCUCCAGGAGUACUUAUCCAUCACCCUCGCUACCUGUGACGGCGCAGUCGACUACGUCGCGCGCAUGCAGGAAGUCGCUGAUUGCCUUGCCGUCUGUCAGUGCGUCCUCCCUGAGCCGCUGCACAUCCACCGCCUGCUCUUCAACCUCACGCGGGACUAUGAGUCCCGUCUGCACGCCUUCACUGAGGCACACCCCCUUGCUGGCCUCGACCCGGUGGUCCAGUGGAUCAAUGAUACGGAGGUCAAGCUCCGCACUCCCAUUGUCAACCUCACCACCCCUCAGUCCUCCUCCCCCCUCUCCCUCAAUGCCACCCAGCCGCGCAACCCACGUGGCCGCAACGGCGGAGGAGGUGGUCGUGGAGGGGGCGGCGGUGGUGGUGGUGGCCGUGGUGGUGGUGGUGGUGGUGCUGGCAGUACCACUCCUGGAGGUCCCUUUGGUGCCGGUGGUGCUGUCGUUCGUGGUGGUCGCCCGGGGACUCUCCCCCCCUGCACGUACGUUCGCUGCCAUGGACCCAAUGCCGACACACCCUGUGUUCAGGCCAACCACCCUCCUACCACCUGCUUCAAGGCGCUCGAUGACGCCUGGUUUGACCGUGGCAACACUGGCACUCCCCCUUGCUGGGGCACUGUCACUCCUCGCCCCACCAUGGAGGACGUUCAGACUCUUCCCUCCUUCCUCCCUGCUCACCUCCGCCUGCUCACCCCCUCCCCCCUUCCCAGCUGUAGCAGGUAG